AUGGCGUCGAACACAGCAUCCCCGGAUGUGGCCUUAGUCCAGAAAGAUGCACAUCCCUUCGAGCGCGCCCAGCUCGAGGGUCUCAUGACCAAGCGCUUUUUUUAUACGCAGGCAUUUGAGAUCUACGGUGGUGUUGCUGGCCUGUACGACUAUGGCCCGAGCGGUGCCGCUCUCCAGGCGAACCUGAUCAACUUUUGGCGCACCCACUUUAUCAUCGAGGAAGACAUGCUCGAGCUCGACACCACGAUUAUGACGCUCUCAGACGUCCUCAAGACAUCUGGGCACGUGGAAAAGUUUGCCGAUUACAUGGUCAAAGACACAAAGACGGGCGAUAUUUACCGCGCGGACCACAUGAUCGAGAAUGUGCUCGAGGCGCGCCUGCAAGGCGACAAGGAGGCGCGCGGCAAAGAGCGCGGCGCUGCCGAGCCAGAAGUUGCGCCUGCGGCUGCGGACAAGAAAUCGAAGAAGAAGGCCAAGUCGCAGGCGAUCAAGCUGGACGAUGCCGUGGUCGACGAAUACACGAAAACGCUUGCCAUGCUGGACGAUUUCAGCGGCGCACAGCUUGCGGAACUGAUCCAAAAGCACGACCUUCGCGCGCCGGCGACCAACAACGAAGUCACGAAGCCCGUCGAAUUCAACCUUAUGUUUGAGUCGUCGAUCGGCCCCACCGGGCAAACCAAGGGCUUUCUUCGCCCCGAGACGGCGCAAGGGCACUUUGUCAACUUUGAGCGCCUGCUCGACUUCAACAAUGGCCGCGUGCCGUUUGCAAGCGCACAGAUAGGCAAGAGUUUCCGCAACGAGAUCUCGCCGCGCGCCGGUCUUUUGCGCGUGCGCGAGUUUACCAUGGCCGAGAUCGAGCACUUCCUCGACCCAGAAAAGAAGCAGCACCCCCGCUUCAAGGAGGUUGAGCACUUGACGCUACCCUUUUUGGACAAGCAUGUGCAAAUGUCGGGCAACACAACUAUUGUCAAAAUGACGCUUGGCGAGGCGGUGCGCAGCGGAAAAGUGGACAACGAGACGCUCGGCUACUUUUUGGGGCGCAUCUACCUGUUCCUCGAGGCGAUCGGUAUUGAUUUGGAGCGCCUCCGCUUCCGCCAGCACAUGGACAAUGAAAUGGCGCACUAUGCGAGCGACUGCUGGGACGCUGAGAUCCACACUUCCUACGGCUGGAUCGAGUGUGUCGGCUCGGCGGACCGCAGCGCAUUCGACCUUACCAUGCACAGUAAGAGGACCAAGCACGACCUUGUUGUGCAAGAGGCGCUCAAGGAACCCAAGGUCUAUCAAAAGUAUCUCGCGACGAUGAACAAAAAGGUGCUCGGCCCCGCCUUCAAGAAAGAUGCCAAAGGAAUAGAGGAUGCCAUCCUUGCCCUCAGUCAGGACCAGCUCAAGACCCUUAUGCACGAUCUUGACGCGGGCAGUGCCCACGUGGAGCUCAACGGUGCCAAGAUCCCAGUGAACAAGGAGCACGUCACGGUUGAGUACAAGACAAUCAAGGAAAGCGUGCGGACAUUUGUGCCAAACGUGAUCGAGCCCUCCUUUGGCAUCGGCCGCAUUUUCUAUGCCCUGCUCGAGCAUGCAUUCUGGGCGCGCGCAGAAGACAAGGACCGCGGCGUGCUGAGUCUCCCGCCGCUCGUUGCGCCGUUCAAGGUGCUUAUCGUGCCCAUCAGCAACAACGAGCAGCUCUCCCCGCUCGCCAAGGAAGUAAGCCACCGCCUCCGCAAGAUGGGCAUUGCCUCGCGCAUCGACGACAGCAGCGCCACUAUCGGGCGCCGCUACGCACGCAACGACGAGCUCGGCACGCCGUUUGCUUGCACCAUCGACUUUGCGACCGUCGCCAAAGGCACGAUCACGCUGCGCGAGCGCGACACGACCUCCCAGCGUAUCGGGAAAAUCGAUCAGAUCAUCAGCGUCCUCAAGCAGAUCUGCGACGGCUCGCUCGACUGGAAAGGCGCAUGUCAAAUUUUGCCCGAGUACACAGGCACCCAAGACGUGGAGGACUCGUAG